AUGAAACUCAUUCUUCUGUUUACAAUCUUCGUCUUCUUCUUCGCGUCUUCUAUCUACUCAGCCGAUACUUGCCAGGAUUACGGUACCUUUUGCGAAUCAUGGAAAAAGAAUGGUUUCUGUGAAAUGUGUUUCUACAAAUGUGAUGUUCGUGUCAAGUACUGUCCGAAAACCUGCGGAUUCUGUGAUCCAACCAAAUGUGUCGACUGCCCUCCUAGAGCUACAGAGCACUAA